AUUCACUAUAUCCGAUCUCCAACAGUACACACAACAUGGAAAUGCAAUUAUUUUAAUAAAUAUAAACUGCUAAAUACCUUUUCUCAUCAUCAGUUAGAGCAGUCUUAAAGUUUGGAGACCUCUGCUCUAGGAGGAUGCAGAACCCCUGACUCUUUGUCUGGAGAGUGUUGAUUGGCCCUGUGCUGAUCACAUGCACUCUCCCAAGAAAAGAAAAAAAAAACUCUCUAGCAAUACACACCAAACUGAGCAUGUGCAGAGUGUCUUCACAUGAUAUGUCUUAUCAGGAGAUAAGAGGGGGACACUGGAAGAAGGGGAAGAUCAGAGAAGUCAAGAUCAAACAGCGUUUUUACACAAUGCAGAGGAUUAACCCCUUAGGUUCCACAAUGAGUAUAACAAGCAUGCUUUACUGCAUAUACAGACUAAUUUUACUGUUGUGGGUUUAG